AUGAUUUUAGCAAGUGUCUUGAAAGCCUUUCAAGGACUUCAAACAGGGUUGCAACACUCUUACCAAGAUGGCUCUCCUAGCUGUCCAAUCAAUCUACCACUAUCUUGUGGAAAUGAAACAGCAAUAUCUGAUCUAUGCUGUUUUGAGUAUCCUGGAGGAAUUUUACUUAUGACUCAGUUCUGGAACUAUGCACCAUCAAAACCUAAUUUGAAUAGAACAGAACUUGAAGAAGAACUGGGUCCUGUUGAUUCUUUUACAAUUCAUGGACUCUGGCCAGAUGACUGUAUGGGCGGAUACCCCCAAUUUUGUAAAAGAGACCUGUUUAUUGAUGAUGUAGACUACCUUCUCAAAUCAGAUGCCUUCAACAAUGACGAUACUUUACCUAUACAAGGAGAAGAACUACUUAACAAUUUGAACAAAUACUGGAAGAGUAAUAAUGGAAACCAUGAAUCACUAUGGAUUCAUGAAUAUAAUAAGCACGGCACUUGCCUAAGUACUCUCCAACCACAAUGCUAUAGCAGAUGGAAUCCUACUACAAGUCAAAAGGGUCCCAAGUACUACAAAAAAAAAGCAGUAUAUGAUUACUUCCGUAUAUCGUAUGAUCUAUUUCAGAAGUUAAAUACUUAUGAAAUGCUUGCAAAACAUAAUAUUACACCUAGUAAUGACACUAGUUACACUAAAUCAGAAAUUCUAUCUGCUUUGAGUUCGGAGUUCCAAGGUACGCAAGCUCACAUCAAUUGCAAUUCCCAAAAUGCAUUAACAGAGGUCUGGUACUAUCAUCAACUCAAUGGCUCAAUAUUAAAUGAAGAUUUCAUUCCUUUAGAUCCUUUGAGAUCAAUGUCAAGGUGCAAAGACCAAGGCAUAAAAUAUUAUCCAAAGGGCUAUCAACGGAGAGAUAACAGAGGCCCCAACAAAAAACCGAUAUCAAGGGGGACAAUUAGGAUAAGCCAAUAUGGUGGCUUUUUGAUAAAGACAGGGAGGUGGAUGAAAAGAGGCACACCCGCAAAUUUUGAAUUGAUAGAAUCAAAAUACGGUAACUAUUUAUUGAAAUCCAGAAUGGGUUAUUGUACAGUUCACAAUGAUAAGUCCCAGCUGGACUGCUCUAGUAGAUCGCCAGAUUAUGCAACCCAGUUUGAUUACAAUGAAGAAAAGGGUAUCUUGGGCUAUUCAGGAUCUUUUGAGUGGGGCGCUGAAAGUGCACCAAAAAAUGGAAGAACUUCCCGUUCCGUUGUGUUUGCAGUAUCGAACGAGAAAAAUAGCAAUCUCAAAUACAAAUUUCAAUUGAAAUUCAACCGGAAGUAA